AUGUCAAAUCCGGGUGUGUCGCAGGUGCCAACUCCAAUAUUGUUCCGACCUCGGAUGCUUCUCUUCCGUGACAUCAUGGGACUGGUAUCCUCACGUUACAGUGGGCACCCUAGACUCUACGAAGCAAGAUCAGCGUCAUGCCCCUUCGGUCCGAAGCCUUUGAAGCACGGCGAAAUAGAAACCACUCACCUGCAUCCAGCCGCAGAGGAGCUUGCACAACAAAGAACAGCACAUGGCAAUGAUCACAUUGCUUUCACGGAGAUGAAGAGUUGUAACAAAUUGGAUCCCACAGCAUCACUACUCAAUGAUGCUACGAUGGGGCCCAAAAAUACUCCGUACAUGGUUGGGCUAGAAUGCAUAGCCGUCUCGGGUGCCAUUGAUGCUGAGCUUCGCGCCAAAGAUGAGGAACACCUACUUCAGAGAGGCUACAAGUUAAGCCGCCUCGUUUUGAACGCAAUUGCUCGGAUUGCAAUCCAAAAACGGAUUCUGACUGCAUUUGAUGGGUUAAGGGUUGAGGGUUCCGGGCCCCCAGGAGUGGGGGGUUUGGGGAUAGUUAAUGAUAUCUGCGAGCAUUGA